AUGGGGAAUGGAAAAUCAAAAGGGAAUUGUCCCAAAGAAAUUAAUUCUGAAAUUGAAAAUAACAAAAGCAAGAUUAAACCAAAUAUUUCGGUAAGCUCGAAAAAUUCUGUAAAAAAAAAUUCAAGUAUUAGAAAAAACAGCUCAUCAGAAUCGGAAGAGUUCAGCAAUAACGAAAGCUUCAGCUUGAUAGUAAAACACAAAACUCAAAAUUCCAAUAUGAAAAAAAGGUUAAUUAAUCCAAAUAAUAAUUCAAAAAGUGGAAAUAACGAACUAGAUUGGGACACAAUUAUUAGGAAUAUUGAUACAGAUGUAAUAGAAGGAAUGGUAAUCAUUGAAGAUUCAAAUGAGUAA